GCAAUCCCAACCAGCAACAUGCAGAAAGCAACCAUUCUUAUCGUAGCCAUAGUGGCUCUCACCGCCAUCGUUGAGGCAGCUCCACAGACAUAUCAGCAUUUGGUGUAUUAUCCUCCUCCGCCUCCACCACCACGACCCAUUCGUGUACGCCGCCAAGUGUUGGGCGGCUCCUUGAGCUCCAAUCCCGCUGGUGGUGCCGACGCUCGCUUGGAUCUCACCAAGGGCAUUGGUAAUCCCAACCACAAUGUGGCAGGUCAGCUUUUCGCUGCUGGAAACACGCAAUCGGGUCCAGUUACCACUGGUGGUACUUUGGCCUACAAUAACCAUGGCCAUGGUGCCUCUUUGACCAAAACCCAUACCCCCGGAGUGAAGGAUGUCUUCCAGCAGGAGGCCCAUGCGAACCUUUUUAACAAUGGCAGGCACAAUCUGGACGCCAAGGUCUUCGCCUCGCAGAACAAGCUGGCCAAUGGCUUCCAGUUCCAGCGCAACGGAGCUGGUCUGGAUUAUUCCCACAUCAAUGGACAUGGUGCUAGCAUAACCCACAGCAAUUUCCCUGGAAUUGGAAAGCAACUGGGUGCUGAGGCUCGCGCCAACCUGUGGUCUUCGGCGGAUCGUGCCACUCGCUUGGACCUGACAGGAUCAGCCAACAAGUGGACAAGCGGACCCUUCGCCAACCAGAGGACUGAUUUCGGAGCUGGCCUGGGAUUGUCUCAUCAUUUCGGUUAAGGGGAGACUCCAUGAAUACUUGUAAUAAUUUAUUAAUAAAGCUAAAACUUUAAAAAUUAA